AUGUCCUCUGCCAAGAGCUGUCUUGGUAUCCUACGCCUCCUGGCCAGAACAAGGAUUGCGACCAUUUCCGGUUUCAACGACCCAUACCGAUUGAGGAUGGCUUUGAAUCCUAUGCUAUCAUCAGCAGGGCGCACCCGCGCCUCUCACUCAAGUCUCUCCCAAGCAAACAGUCGCUCACUGAAUGAUCUCCCAUCUCAGAGCAGAUUCCGUCUCAAAGAGACCCCGGCGAGGGAACUUCUCUGUCUUGAAUGGUCUAAACCACCCAGGAAUUUUUUGUUGAUCAAAAAGGACUGCUCAGAUGCAACAACAGAGGCUCUCCUGGACUUUGUCAGACAUGUUUCAUCGACUUAUCCAGAUGUGAAUAUCGUGGUCGAGCCCCGAAUCUCCGCUGAGAUUGGGCAAGAGCUCCUAGGACGGCACUUUACUCUGCCGGAUUCCGAUCACUCGCCCCUGCAAUAUCAAGACAAGGUCGAUCUUGUCGUCACCUUUGGUGGUGAUGGGACCAUCUUGCACGCAGCAUCUCUGUUCGCCACCUCCUCCCAUGUCCCACCCGUCCUGUCCUUCAGCAUGGGGACUCUCGGGUUUCUGAGUGAAUGGAAAUUUUCCGAAUACAAGCGGGCCAUUCGCGAAGUAUAUAUGUCGGGUGCUGCUUCUGAGCGACAUGCCGUCAUUGAAAGUGAAGCGUCGAAGGAAUUUGAAGGUUCAAAUGAUUACACGGGCUGGUCGUCUGUCCGUGGUAAAUCGAUGGGGCCUGGAAGAGGUGCGAGAGUUUUGGUUCGACAACGUCUGAGAGUUGGCGUCUUCGAUGCAAACGGCAACCGCCUCAGCAGCAAUGGGGGUUUCUCGGACGACAUGUAUGCAAUGAACGAGGUCAUUAUACACAGAGGUCGAGACCCUCAUCUUGCCAUCGUCAAUGUUUACGUGGGCGGCAGAUUUCUAACCGAGGCAGUCGCCGAUGGCAUGAUUGUUUCCACACCUACUGGGAGCACAGCAUACAGCCUCAGCAGUGGCGGGAGCAUCGUUCAUCCCCUUGUUCCCUCGUUAUUGCUGACGCCAAUCUGUCCGCGGAGUCUGAGUUUUCGCCCUCUGGUUCUGCCAUCCACCACCCCCGUCACAUUGAAACUGAGUGACAAGAACAGAGGCCGAGAGGUCGAUGUCAGUAUUGAUGGCAUGAGACGUACACAAGGCAUCGGUGUCGGCACAGAAGUUCGAGUCUCCGCCGAGGAGAUUAAAACCGACGCAGGCGCCUUUACCAGCGGCAUUCCCUGCAUAAUGCGAACCAUCAGUGCAGGUGCCGAUGGGGAUGAUGGCUGGGUGGGCGGCUUGAAUGGCCUUUUGAAGUUCAACUAUCCAUUUGGAGAAGAAAAAUAA